CCCAAAGAAAAGAGUGGAACACUUGGAGUUCAUGUCCAGGAGCCUUUGGCUUUACCUGGGAAAACCCUGUGCUCUACAGUGAGAAAAUUGUAAAUUUGCCACUAGGGGACGCUGUUUGUCAGGGUUUUUUUAACGCAGGAAAAGGGGAGGGGGAAAAGGCAGAUAGGCAAUGAUGACAUCAGCCAGGAAAUUAAUAUCAGACCAGAAGAUCCAGUUUUCAUGCAAACAGCCAGCAAGUCUUGAGCUCUCUUCCCGCGCAAAAGGAUUCUAAUUUCUCUAAAACUUUGUUUUCAGGCAAUUUCCUCUAGAACCGCUUACCUCCAGAGGAUUGGUGGCACUUGAUCUGAAGGCGGAAUGGCCAUGGCAUCUCAAGAUCAAUGGCUGAGUUCCAGUUCAGAUAAAAACUGUAAAGUGAACUUUCGAGAGAGGCUUCUGAUUAUUGAUUCAAAACUGGGAGGCAAGGAUGUGGAGCAACUGAAGUUUCUCUGCCAGGACUUUGUCUCCCAUAAGAAGUUGGAGACAUCCAGGUCAGCCUUGAAUAUCUUUGAUCUUCUCUUGGCAGCGGAGCUGCUGUGUGAGGAAGACUCUUUCUUCCUCGCAGAACUCCUUUAUACCCUCAACUGGAUGUCACUGCUGAAGCACCUCAACUACACCAAAGAGCAAGUGGAGAGUUUGCUGCCCACCCAAAGGAGGGUCUCUCUGUUUAGAAACCUGCUCUAUGAACUGUCAGAAGGCAUCGACUCAGAGAACUUACAGAGCAUGAUCUUCCUGCUGGGAGACUCGAUUCCCAAAAUCCCAAUGACCUCUCUAGGUUUGCUGUCACAUCUAGAGAAACAAGGUAAAAUAGAUGAAGAUAAUCUGACAUUCCUGGAGGACCUCUGCAAAAAAAUUGUACCUAAACUCGUAGAAAAGAUAGAGAAGUAUAAAGGAGAGAAAGCUGCCCAGUUAGCGACACUUCCUGUGGACAAGGAAACUGAGUCAUUGCAUCAAGGAGAGGAAGAACAGCUAUUUUCCCGAUCAGACACUACAAAAUUGCUUGGAGCCUUACAGGAGAGGCCUUGUCAAAAUGAGCAUGCAAGGAGUAAUGGUGACAGAGCCACAGAUGGUGCACUGGCCUUGGGCUCCAUGAUCCCAGCAUCUGCCACCCGAAGAGCAUCUCCCAACACUCCGAAUUCUGAAGCCAGCACAGAGGAGGUAGCUGUGUACGGGAUGAAUAGGAAACUCAGAGGCCACUGUGUCAUCAUCAACAACCACACAUUUACCUCUGCCUCUUCACUAGAUGUUAGACCAGGGACCCAUAAAGAUGCUGAGUCCCUGAGGCGUGUGUUUAAGUGGCUUGGGUUCACAGUGUGCAAGCAUGAUGAUGUGACCAAGGGCCGUAUGGAUGAGAUUCUGCAGGAACAGAAGAGUCAUCCAGACCAUGCUGACUGGGACUGCUUCGUGUUCUGUGUUCUGACCCACGGGAAAGAUAGGGAGGUCUACUGUUCAGACGGGGUUCCCAUUGCCAUUGGGAAGAUCCUGUCUCACUUCACAGCCAACCAGUGCCCUAGACUGGCUCAAAAACCUAAGCUCUUUUUCAUCCAGGCCUGCCAAGGUAAAGCGAUACAACCUUCCGUGCCCAUUGAAGCAGAUGCCAUGAACCCUGAGAGCACAUUCCCUCCUCUGGAGUACAGAAUUCCCAUCACGGUGGAUUUCCUGCUCGGGCUGUCCACUGUCCCAGGCUAUCUAUCGUUUCGACACAUGGAGGAAGGCAGCUGGUAUAUUCAGUCUCUGUGUAAGCAUCUGAAGACCUUGGUCCCAAGACAUGAAGACAUCUUAUCCAUCCUCACUGCUGUCAACCAUGAUGUGAGUCGAAAAGCGGACAAAUCUGGAUUGAAGAAACAGAUGCCCCAGUCUGCCAGCACACUAACGAAAAAACUAGUAUUCCCUGUGCCACCCGGAGCACUUCAGUGGUAGCAGAGAGUCUUCAUCGUCUGUUAGACUUGAAAGGAACCUGUGGCUUUGUCCUGCGACCUCCCACCUAGCACAGGACUCAGUGGUGGGUGAGGAGCUGGUCUCCACCUGUGCUUCUAGUGGCGGGAAACACCCGAUUUCCAGACACAGUCAAUUCUGUGUUUUCUUUUUCUUUUGACAAGUCUAAAUGUUAGAUGACUUUCCUUUUUAAAGACUUGGAUCGUGUCCUUGGUGCUGGGUGUGUACCCUGGAGAGAGAAUACUUUGCCUUGGUUUACAUAUCUGUGAAGUGCGAAGUGGAACCACGAUUAUUUUAAGGUUCCUUUGAGUUCAGAGAACCCCCAUUCUUAGCCUAGACUGAGCUUAGAUUUCCUCUCUGCACAGCCCCCUGCCUUAGUUACAGAUCUGUGUCCCUCUGCAUGGCCUUGUACAUGGGACAGUGAGGCCACAUUCCACUCACCUGUCUCUGCUGUCCCCCUUCCUAAGGCUUCUCUUUUGUACGUGUAGGAAGUGAAAAUUGGGUCUGUGCUCAGCCCAUUGCCUGCUUUAGUGUAAGGAAGGUGCACACACGGGAGCUGUUUUUCUUGGGUUGGGUAUGUACCCUGACGAGAGGAUACUUCAUCUUGGUUUACGUAUCUGUGGCCUUUUCUUGGGUUUCUGGGGUUCAGGCUGUUCCUCAUCAGAUGGGGGCAGGUUCAGCUCUAUGAAGAUGGCGGCUCAGUGUGAAGAGAGACACACUCCGUUGUUCUGAAGUGGAGACUUUUUGUAACGUUGAAUUCUGUGUUGGUCAGAACCUUUCUGGUCUCGGUGACAGGACACCGAACUCAAAGUCACUAAAGCAAAAAAGGGAAUCUACUGCCUCUUUCACCUGGAAACCCACAAAUGGGCAGCACAGGCUUCAGACAAGCUUGAAUCAGGACUGCGUCCAGAGCAGCAGCUGUUUCUUGGCUGGAUGUUUCCAGGACUUGCAGCUGCGGUGUGUGGACUGCAGUCAGCAGCCCACCUUGUCACUAAUACGCUUUGCUCCUCUGGCCCAAGGGAUAAGGACGGAGGCUGCCUCAGGGACCAAAGCUGUUCACAAGGAUCACUGGGCUCUUUUUGGCCAGAGAAAUGCCUGGCUGUGCCUUGGGGGAGUAGCUCUGUAUGGAAGCAUUGGGUUUGUUUGUUUGUUUGUUUGUUUGUUUGUUUGUUUGAGACAGGUCUUGCCCUGUCACCCAGGCUAGAGUGCA